CCUUCCUCUACUUUCUCUCUCUGUCUUCUCUACGCUUCUUCCUUCUCCUUUGUGGCGUAGAUUUAUAGAGAGAGAAAAGGGAAAAAAAGAAUCUCAAUCUCUCCAGUUCAGAGAAUUUGACCGAUUCCGCAUUCGUUUUCUCUUUCGCUGCACACGAAAUCAGCUAGAUAUGGCUGCUACCGCUCCUUCUGCAGUCCGUUAUGCACCUGAGGAUCAUUCUCUUCCAAAGCCAUGGAAGGGCCUUGUCGAUGACCGAACUGGCUACUUAUACUUUUGGAAUCCUGAGACUAACGUUACUCAAUAUGAGCGACCUACUUCCUCUCUACCCGUUCCUGCCGUUCAGGUUCCCCAACCCUCUUCCCUACCUAAUGGUAGUAGCUAUGCUCCUGCCAAGGAUGAUGCUAAGUACACUAGAGCCAGCGACGGUGGCCCUAGGCGCUCCAGGUUUAGUGAGAUUGAUGACAGGAGUGGAGCGCCGUAUUUGAAUGGUGCUGCUGCCAAUGGACUUGGCAACUCUGCAUAUGCUGCCUCUGCAGGAGGUCUUCCUCCUUCAUCAGCUCCAGUUAAUGAUAUUUCUCCUGGGGCCUAUUGCCGCCGUCAUGAAAUUACUGUCAGUGGGGGCCAAGUACCACCACCUCUAAUGUCCUUUGAAACUACUGGUUUUCCUCCUGAGCUUCUGCGUGAGGUACUCAGUGCAGGUUUCUCUGCUCCAACUCCAAUUCAAGCUCAGUCGUGGCCAAUUGCGAUGCAAGGUAGAGACAUUGUUGCCAUUGCUAAAACUGGCUCCGGAAAAACUUUGGGUUACUUAAUUCCUGGAUUUAUGCAUCUUCAACGCAUCCGGAAUGAUUCGCGAAUGGGCCCUACAAUCUUGGUACUGUCUCCAACCAGGGAGCUGGCCACACAAAUCCAAGACGAAGCUGUUAAAUUUGGGAGGUCCUCAAGAAUUUCGUGCACCUGCUUGUACGGUGGUGCACCGAAGGGCCCUCAGCUAAGGGAUUUGGAAAGAGGAGCUGAUAUCGUAGUUGCAACUCCUGGACGAUUGAAUGACAUCCUUGAGAUGAGGAGAAUUAGUCUGCGUCAAGUAUCUUAUCUUGUGCUAGAUGAGGCGGAUAGAAUGUUGGACAUGGGUUUCGAACCGCAAAUAAGGAAGAUUGUGAAAGAGAUUCCUACUAAGCGUCAAACCCUUAUGUACACAGCUACAUGGCCAAAGGGAGUCAGGAAGAUUGCAGCGGACUUGCUUGUUAACCCUGCCCAGGUCAACAUUGGUAACGUCGACGAGCUUGUGGCUAACAAGUCGAUCACACAGCACAUUGAAGUGGUAGCACCAAUGGAGAAACAGAGGAGGUUAGAGCAGAUAUUGCGGUCUCAGGAACCAGGCUCGAAGGUGAUAAUAUUCUGCUCAACCAAAAGGAUGUGCGACCAGCUAACUCGCAAUCUGACCCGCCAAUUUGGAGCUGCUGCCAUACAUGGAGACAAGUCACAGCCUGAGAGAGACAAUGUUCUUAAUCAAUUCCGCAGUGGAAGGACUCCGGUUCUUGUUGCAACUGAUGUUGCUGCUCGUGGCUUGGACGUUAAGGACAUCAGGGCGGUCAUAAACUAUGAUUUCCCCAAUGGAGUGGAAGACUAUGUUCAUAGAAUCGGAAGAACAGGAAGAGCUGGAGCGACUGGUGAGGCAUUCACAUUUUUCGGCGAUCAAGACUCGAAACAUGCUUCGGAUCUCAUCAAGAUCCUGGAAGGAGCAAACCAGCGAGUUCCCCCUCAGAUCCGUGAUAUGGCUGCACGUGGUGGUGGUGGAAUGAACAAAUUCAGUCGCUGGGGUCCUCCUUCCGGUGGUCGUGGUGGCGGCUCUGGUUACGGUGGCAGAGGUGGCGGCUCGGGUUAUGGUGGUAGAGGUAGCGAUUCUGGUUACGGUGGCAGAGGUAGCGACUCUGGUUAUGGUGGCAGAGGUAGCUUUGGUUCACGUGACAGUGGAAUGGGAAGUAGAAGCAGCAAUGGAUGGGGAAGAGAUCGUGAAAGGAGUCGUAGCCCGGAGAGAUUCAACAGAGCUCCACCACCGUCUUCUACUGGAUCUCCUCCUCGCAGCUUCCAUGAAACCAUGAUGAAACACCGAUGAAAGGGAAGAACAAGCUCCUGCCCCCAAUUGCAGAAGAAGUGGAAGGAUGGGUUAAGUAUUUCUACAUUUUGACAUUUAUAUAUAUAUUUUUGGCCGGUGAAGAACGUACGUGAAAAGCAGGAGACACUCUAAGCCCUCAUUAAAAAACUACAAAUGCAUGUUUUCUUUAUAUAUGUUUUUUUGUAUUUCUUUAUACUCAAAAGACCUGUUGUUUAGAUAGGUAAAACUUUACAAUCUAGAUAUGAUAAUCGCUUCAUGUUUCCUUAA